CGCACUAUCUUGGAUAUUCCGCCAUGACCAUCUCCUCUAUGCGCGAGUUCGUCUGCUUCCCCAAGGCAGUGACCGAGCACCCCCGUAUCGCGACUGCCGUCCACACGCUCUCGCUCUACGUGUCCGAAUCGGAAGAAUCCUUCAGCUGGGGCCAGAGCCGGAGAAGCAUGAGCGAAUUAUUCGCGGCUAUGGUGCAUAUGGAUUGCUUGGAGGAGCUCUCCUUCAUCGGCCCGUUCGUUAUCCCGGCGACUUUUCCCGAACCCCUGCAACGCAUGCUGUGCAAAGGCCGUGCCAAGCUGCCGAUCAAGACGUUGCGCCUUUCCUUCACUAAGCCUAGCGUGCCCCGCCCCGAGUACGACACGACUCUGUGCUUGGUCCUUUUGGCGUGUCCCCGACUCGAGACGCUGCUACUUUGCGAAUCGGGUAAUAUGAGGAUGGGACGCCCGCCGUCAUACCGGCCGUUGUGGCAGCGAGGGGUGCAGUGGUUACAGUUGCCGCCUACGUAUGCGACGGUCGAGGUCAGCACAGCAAGGGCGCUUGGCAACAUCUGUACGCUGAUACUCGACAUGGCGGAUCCUGAAGACGGGCCCGACGCGUCUUGUACGCUUACUCACGGCGGGCCUGAGGACGGGGCUGCGCAUGGGCGCCGUCUCGAAGUCAUAUGGGCGGAACAGCAGGACAUUGUGGGGAUGGAUAACCUCGUCUACUAG